GCGUCGUUCACAAGAGUCACAUCAUACUCGUCUUGAACAUCCAACCAACUCGACAUCUCAUCAUGAAGCUGCUGGCAGUCCUCGUUCUCUGCAUCGUCGGUGUGUUCGCCUCGUCCAACAGCACCAUCUCAGCGGAAAAGGCCUCCACAACCACAAGCUUGGACGAAAGCGACGAAUACAUCCGCGUGAAACGAGGUUGGCUCAAAGGUAGUUAUGGUGGAACUUCGACUGCGCCAGUAGUUACGUAUUACGGGCCUCCUCCUGGUGCAGCUCAAGCUGCGGCCGCUGCACAGGCAGCGCAGGCGGCCCAAUACGCCGCUCAUGCAGCCCAACAGGCUGUUCAAGCAGCGGCGGCUGCUGCCCAAGCAGCACAAGCUGCUGCCAGCCAGGCAGCCGGUGCAGCUCAAGCCGCUCAAGCGGCCCAGGCCGCAACAGCGGCUGACAUCGCCCAGGCAGCUCAGAUUGCUCAGGCAGCCCAAAGUGCUGCUGGUCAAGCCGCCCAGGCGGCUCAAGCGGUCCAGGCAGCUCAGGCAGCGACAGCCGCACAAGCCGCACAGGCGGCAGCUGCAGCCCAGGCAGCUCAAGCCGCCCAGGCGGCGAGCGGUUACAACAGCUACGGAAAAUACUAGAAAACUAAAAAUAAGAAAACAAAAAACAAAUAUGAAUUGCACCCUGGAAUCUGCGCACCUGUAUACAACUGAAAUGGAUGUUAUGGAAUCAACCCACCCCCUCCAUGAUGAUGUGACAUCAUUUGCGUCAUUGCUCACAAACUUUUUAGCCCUAAGAAUGUUCACACAUAUUUCGUGUCUGUCCAAUCAAAUGAACUCUUCCAAUACAAAAUAACAAAAAAAAAUAUGA